AGACGGGAACUGCUGCAGUCUGCUGUCUCCAGGAAAUGCUUGCUCUGCAAACUGCCAAGCUCACUUCUUUUCUCCUCCAGACUGACGCGGCGGUAGUGCUGGCUGUCCUUCGCACUCGAACACAAGGAGAUCCAGCUGUACGCCUACGGAGUUUCAAAUCAUACCUGUAUCUAGCUGCUGAUAAUUGAUCGAGUUCGAGUGUAGUGAUUGGUUAAUUAGGCUGGAAAUGGAUCCUCAUGGAGCGGCGAUGAUGAACGACGGAGGAGUUUAUAACUUCGGGGAGUUCUGGCAGGGGUUUCAGUUGAACGCCAAUGCCACGUCGUCGUACAAUGCUGACUUGGAUCCGAUGGUGCUAGACCAGAAGUCGAGUCGGAGUUCUCCCAAUCAUCACGGUUCGAGGAAGCGGCGAGAUGAAGAUGAGCAGCGCGGGAAGGGAGGAGCUUCCACCAGUAAUAGCAACGGCGGCAACAAUAUUAACGAUAAUGGGGCGGCUGAUGGUAAAAGGCUUAAAGGAGUGGGGAUAAAUGAGAAUCAAGUAAAUAAAUUAGACGGAGAAGUGAAUUCAAGAAAGGCAACGGAGCAGCCAACAAAAAGGGAACCGCCAAAGCAAGACUACAUUCAUGUUCGAGCAAGAAGAGGCCAAGCUACCGAUAGUCACAGUUUAGCUGAAAGGGCAAGGAGGGAGAAGAUAAGCGAGAGGAUGAAAAUUCUCCAAGAUUUAGUCCCGGGUUGUAAUAAAGUUAUUGGCAAAGCUCUAGUGCUUGACGAGAUUAUCAAUUAUAUUCAAUCGUUACAACGGCAGGUCGAGUUUCUGUCAAUGAAGCUUGAAGCAGUCAAUGCAAGAGGAGGCAUGGAUGCAUACCAUUCAAAAGAUCAUGCUUUUGAAGCUCCCGGCGUCCCAUAUGGGUCUCAAGGUACACGUGAAUAUGGAAGGGGCUUGUCCCCCGAAUGGUUACAUAUGCAGAUUGGCGGAGGCUUCGACCGCACAUCAUGAUAAUGAUACAUAUAAGAUCCCAAUAAGCCGAGAUUGAAAAGCAAUCUUUCUUUAUCCAGUUUCUGCAGCAGUGUACAUUUUUCUCAAACAAGACUACUUUACGAUUUCCUCGCAAGGUGCCAUUGUCGACGCCUACAUCAAGCCAUCUCCUGUGUAAAAUUUUUACACACUCAUAUAAUAUAUUUCUUUCACUUCCCUCCCUGGAAGGGUCCUAGAAUCAAUAAUCUUGUCUAAAUCCAUCCUGUCUUCUUCCAUUCUUUCCGAUUCCUAUCUGUAUUGUGUUUGCAACUGCUGCCUGCAGCUAUGCUUCUGUAACAAAGUUGAUUGUUCGGUGAAAAGAAAUUCAACCGUUGUGUUU